CGGUCCCGAACCCGCUCCGGAGAGACCGAACGGUCCCGAACCCGCCUGAGGAAACUGAACCGGGAGGAGCCGAACCGCUCCGGACAGACCGAACUGUCCCGAACCCGCCUGAGGGAACCCGAACCCGCCUGAGGGACCCGAACCGGGACCGUCCCGUCCGUAAGGACCCGAACCGAACCCCCCAAAAACUCCUCCGGAACAGCCAAAACCCACUCGGCCCCGGGAUGCCCGCUCCGUGCCGCCCCCCGUCCCUCCUGCGCUGCAUCCAGGCCCUCAGCGCCCUCCUGGCGCUGGCGCUGGCCGCAGCCCCCGGCUACUGGCUGGCGGGCGAGGGCGACGGCUGCUUGUCCGCCUGGGCCUUGUCCUUCGUCUUCACCCUCCUCCUCCUCCUCCACGACGCCUUCCGCCGCCCGCCGCCCCGCCGCGACCUGCCGCUGGCGCUGGCCGCCGCCGCCGCCAUGGCGUGCGCCACCGCCACCGUCCUGUGGCCGCUGGGCCACCUCCGGGGACACGAGGGCGGCCAAGGUCGCCCCCGCGCCCUCCGCGCCACCGCCACCGCCGCCUCGGCCGUGGCCACGCUGGCCUACGCCGCCGAGGUCACCCGCGACCGGGCGCGACCCGGCGAGGCCGCGCCGUACCUGGCGACGCCGUCCGGGCUGCUGAAGGUGGUCGAGGCCUUCCUCGCCCUCCUCCUCCUCGGGCUGUCGGCCGAGCUGGGCGCGGCGUCGGGGCCGGCGGCCCUGCGUUGGUGCCUGGGCAUCUUCUGCGUGUCCUUCGUGCUGGGCGUGCUGCUGGUCGGGGGGUGCCUGCUGGGCUGGGGGUGGUGCGGCUGGAUGCGGGACCCCGAGGGGAUGCGCUGGGGGUUGGGGGUCUACGCGGGGCUGGGGGUGGUGGCCUAUGGGGCGGCCACGGUGCUGUGGGCGCUCUACAGCUUCUCGGAGGACAUGGGGGGCCAAGCGCGGAGACCCUACGGCUGCCCCGCCACCUGCGCCUGGGACAGGAGGGUGCUGGUGGCCGUGCUCAGCGGGCUCAACUUGGUGGCGUUCGGGGUGGAUUUGGGGCAGACGGGGAGGUUGGUGCUGUUGAGGGCUUGAGGGGGGUCUCCAGGGGGUGUAAGGGGGGGGU